AUGGCACAACGAUUUGGUAAUUCAGAUAUUCAUUUCAAUAAAGAUUUUGAUGAAGUUGAUGCAGACGGUGUAUUGGUGAUUAACAAACGUAACAGAGAACAAGCAAAGUAUCCAGAUUUUUUGCCAUCCUGGGAUCCAAGUCAUAAAUUACCUCCGUUGAAAUUUGAAAGGUACAUUGAUCCUGGUUCAAGAGCUGAUCCUUCUUUCCCAAACUUGUUUCCCAAAGAUGGAUCACAUAAAAUCAAAAGAAUUACACCAAAAUUCGGUUCUGAAAUCGAUGGUGUUCAAUUAUCACAAUUGAAUGAUAAAGGGAAAGACGAAUUGGCUUUACUUUUGGCACAAAGAAAAGUGUUAUUGUUCAACGAUCAAGAUUUCGCAGACAAAGGUCCUGGUUUUGCUGUUGAAUUUGGUAAAUAUUUUGGGAGAUUACACAUUCAUCCAAGUUUCGGCUCUCCUCGUGGCCAUCCAGAGUUGCAUAUUACCUACAGAAGACCAGAAAAGGGGGAAUUGGAAAGAGUUUUUGCCCAUCGUACCACAAGUGUUGGAUUCCAUAGUGAUGUUUCCUAUGAAAUCACUCCUCUGAGAUUUACUCUUUUCCAGGUGUUAGAGAGUGGUGAUGGUGGUGAUACUGUUUUUGUUGAUACAGUUGAAGCUUACAAUAGAUUAUCGCCAGCAUUCCAAAAACGAUUGGAUGGCUUGCAUGUGUUGCACACUUCAGAAGAUCAAGCUGCAAAUUCAGCACACCAAGGUGGUGUUGAGAGAAGAAAAGCUGUCUCAAACAUUCACCCAUUGAUAAGAUUGGACCCUGUCACUGGAGAAAAAUCUUUAUACGUCAACAAGGCUUUUGGACGUAGAAUUGUUGAGUUAAAGAAAGAAGAAUCAGAUUACUUGUUGGAUUUCUUGCAUAACCAUAUUGAAAAGAGUCUGGAUUUGCAAUUGAGAGUAAACUGGGAACGUGGGGAAAGAAAAAAGGUUGCUUUGUUCCACAACAGUGGAGUGUCCCAUACUGCUACUUUUGAUACUGAAGAAGGUGAGGUUAGACAUGCUUACAGAAUUUCAGUGUUAGGUGAGCGUCCAAUCCUGAACUUGGAAGACUUGAACAAAGAAGAUUAUACUCCUGGUGAUUUAGCUGAUGCCUUGAGUGCAAUCAAACCUAUUUAG